UGUAACACCGGUAAACGCGAUGGCGGCAGCUGGCAUUCAGAAACAAACAUACCACGUCAUACACUGCCUAUUACAAAAUGAACGAGAUAUUGAUAUGGUGGAGACUGAUGGUCCUGAAGAUGAGAACUCAUUUGACCCUGUAAAAAUAGCCCAUAAGCUCAGGGAACUGGGGGACGAUUAUGAUGAGAAAGUGAUCCAGCCACUGAUGAAGAAUGUACAGAGAGCUGCAGACGAUCAGGUGGUGACUGUGUUCAGUGAUAGCGUGGACAGCCUGUGUAAGAUGUGGGUUGUGGAAAGAGCAGAAGUGGCCUCAGAGAAGCAGCUCCUCAAGGCUGCCAUCACACUGGGACUCUUUAUGAAGAAAAACUGCCCUGCCAUGACGAAUGUAGUCGAGGUCGCUAUGAUGGGAUUCGUAAACAACCGUCUAACAAACUGGAUUGCAGAGCAAGGGGGCUGGGUCUCUGUCUCUGUGAAAAGCAUGUGUUGAGAUUGGAGCUCAUUGUCUCAUUCUCUGAGAGACCCUCAAUCAUUUCUCUAAAGUUUGAUUUGUAAUACAGGAUAAACUGUAAAUGGUGCUCUUUUCAGACAAUCACAGCCAGAAAAAUGGAGAAUGUAAUUUAAAAAUUUUUUUUUUACUCUAAUACAGAUAAUUUGAA